UUAAAAGAAAAACAGUCAAUACAGGUUACGCUAACGCCAACAACAAACGAGAUCCAAAGAAGAGAAUCAACUAAUUAAGCACUGAACCGCUAUUCUACGCGAAGAAGAAACACUGAACAAAACCAAAGAAGAAAAAGAAACAGCACACAAGUCAAAUUCACUCUUUCAACUCUCGUCAUCGUCGUCUUCUUCCUCUCAUCUUGGAGAUACAAUGAUUGCAGAUGGAGUUGAAGAUGAAGAGAAAUGGCUUUCCGCCGGAAUUGCUGGCCUUCAACAAAACGCUUUCCACAUGCAUCGUGCUUUGGAUUCGAACAAUCUGAAAGAUGCUUUGAAGUAUUCGGCUCAGAUGCUUUCGGAACUUCGUACUUCUAGACUCUCUCCUCAUAAAUACUACGCUCUAUAUAUGCGAGCAUUCGAUGAGUUGAGAAAAUUGGAGAUGUUUUUUCAUGAAGAAACGAGGCGAGGUUGUUCUAUUAUUGAACUAUAUGAACUUGUACAGCAUGCUGGCAACAUCUUACCUCGAUUGUAUCUUCUCUGCACAGUUGGAUGUGUGUAUAUAAAAUCUAAGGAAGCUCCUGCGAAGGAUAUUCUCAAGGAUUUAGUAGAAAUGUGUCGAGGCAUCCAGCAUCCUCUACGAGGACUCUUCUUGAGGAGCUACCUUUCUCAAGUUAGUAAGGAUAAGUUACCUGAUAUUGGUUCUGAAUAUGAAGGAGAUGCUGACACUGUCACAGAUGCAGUUGAGUUUGUGCUGCAAAAUUUUACUGAGAUGAACAAACUUUGGGUGCGGAUGCAGUACCAGGGACCUGCGCGGGAGAAGGAUAGAAGGGAAAAGGAAAGAAGCGAACUUCGUGAUCUUGUUGGAAAGAAUCUGCACGUUCUAAGCCAGAUUGAGGGAGUUGAUCUUGACAUGUACAAGGAAUCUGUUCUUCCUAGAGUCCUAGAACAGGUGGUCAAUUGUAAGGAUGAGCUUGCACAAUAUUAUCUAAUGGACUGCAUAAUUCAAGUAUUUCCUGACGAGUACCACUUGCAAACUCUUGAUGUUUUGUUGGGUGCUUGUCCACAGCUCCAGCCAUCAGUUGACAUCAAGUCAAUCCUUUCCAGUUUGAUGGAAAGGCUUUCAAAUUAUGCUGCCUCAAGUCCAGAGGUAUUGCCGGAAUUCUUGCAAGUCGACGCCUUCUCAAAAUUAAACAGUGCAAUUGGGAAGAUCAUAGAAGCACAAGCUGACAUGCCUGUUGUUGCUGUUGUGACUUUACAUUCAUCUCUUCUUACCUUUACUCUGCAUGUCCAUCCUGAUCGGCUUGAUUAUGCUGAUCAAGUAUUGGGAUCCUGUGUCAAAAAACUCUCGGUUGUUGGGAAGCUUGAUGACAGCAAGGCAACAAAACAAAUUGUUGCACUUCUAAGUGCUCCGCUGGAUAAAUAUAAUGAUGUUAUUACUGCCUUAAAGCUCUCUAAUUAUCCUAGGGUGAUGGAGUACCUUGACAAUGAAACGAAUAAAGUCAUGGCAAAGAUCAUUAUUCAGAGUAUUAUGAAAAACGAGACUUAUAUAUCUACUGGUGAUAAGGUUGAGGCGUUGUUUGAAUUAAUAAAAGGGCUUAUCAAGGACAUGGAUGGUCCCAAUGAUGAUGAGGUUGACGAAGAGGACUUCAAGGAGGAACAAAAUGCUGUAGCACGCCUUAUUCAAAUGCUGCACAACAAUGAUCCAGAAGAGAUGUUUAAGAUUAUAAAUAUAGUGCGGAAGCAUAUAUUGGCAGGUGGAGUGAAGCGUCUAUCAUUUACUGUCCCACCCCUCGUUUUUUCCUCUCUUAAGUUGAUUAAGAGACUUCAAAACCAAGAUGUGGAUAAAUCUGGAGAUGAAGCAGAGGAUGGUACACCAAAGAAAAUCUUCCAGCUAUUGAAUCAGCUUAUUGAGGCUCUUUCAAAUGCUCCAGCUCCUGAGCUCGCGUUGCGGUUGUACCUGCAAUGUGCUGAGGCUGCGAAUGACACUGAUCUGGAACCUGUCGCCUGUGAAUUUUUUACUCAAGCAUAUAUAUUGUAUGAGGAAGAAAUUUCGGGCUCUAGGGAACAGGUGACUGCAUUAUACCUUAUAAUAGGCACUCUCCAAAGGAUGCAUGUUUUUGGUGUUGAGAACAGGGAUACUCUGACACACAAAGCGACAGGGUAUUCAGCGAAGCUGUUAAAGAAACCAGAUCAAUGUAGAGCUGUUUAUGCAUGCUCUCAUCUCUUUUGGGCGAAUGAUCAAGACGGUGUAAGAGAUGGAGAGAGGGUUCUGCUUUGCUUGAAGCGGGCUCUAAAAAUUGCAAAUGCCGCUCAACAGAUGGCCAAUGCUACACGGGGCAGUGGUGGAUCAGUUAUGCUGUUCAUUGAAAUCCUCAACAAGUACCUCUAUUUUUUCGAGAAGGGGAACAACCAGAUCACUGUUAAUACAAUCCAGGAUCUAAUGGAAUUAAUUACCACGGAGAUGCAAAGUGAAAAUGCCACAACCGAUCCUGCUGCCGAAGCUUUCUUUGCAAGCACGUUGCGGUACAUCCAAUUUCAAAAACAAAAAGGUGGUGCAGUUAGUGAGAAAUACGAGCCUGUUAAAGCUUAAAGUUUGGUGAUUGUAUGUAAUUAGUAACUUUUUUCACGCAUCACAAGUUAACUUUAUUGAGCUUUCUUGUAACCAGUAUUAGUUGGGUAUCCUAAUGGAGACUCUUUGCCUAACCUCGUUCUUAGACAUUUUUAAAGUCUCUUGUGUUGACUCGGAGCUCAUCUAAAUUUCUCGUUAGUUUAUCGGUUGUAUGCGAGUCACGUCAUUGCACAGAAUCAUAAGGCGUUCUGUUUUUCCUUCUUUUUUACGUUAGUUGCGAAAACUGGUGAUGUUGUGUAUAAUUUCCUCUGUUUACAAUAUUCUAGAGAGAAUUUCUGCAUUAAAUUUUGCAAUAUGUCAAACACUUAAACCUUUUUUCCUCAA